AGUGAUUGAAAUUAACUUGGCGAAGCUUUUACUUGUCUCCGUGUGUAAUUUUCUCGUGUGAAUUUGUUUUUGAAGAUUUCUCUUGUUUUUUUCAUUGUGCGUGGUAAUUACUCUAAAGAAAUUAACGGAAACAUAACCCAAGAAUGGUUCGUAUCCUCGUUAGUAAAUUGUGUCGAUGCUUGUCUCUGGCAAACGAAUGCCAAACUUGUACAUAGUUGAAUAUUUAUUACGACAUUUAUGUUAAAACCUCUCAUUCGUAAUCGUGAAUGAAACUCAAGUGACGAGUAUUUCAGCCCUCAACUAAUAUUUUGUGAAUUAAUACUCUGAAGACCGUGAGACCAGAUCCUGUUUACCUCACUGAGCCAUGGAUAAUUUAUGGGUGGACAGUGCGAUCGGAGCGAUCAAAGCGCUGGCGUUCAUGUGCGACAUCAUCACAUACCCGGUUUACAUGCUUCUCCAGCGGCCAUGGGAGAGGAAGAGACGCUCAGCCAGACUCAAGGCGGAUCCCACAUUCCUAGAUAGAAAAACUUUGUCCAUCCGAAGUAAGCAGGUUCCCCAAAGAAGUCAUCUCACCCUAGUACGGAAUAAUUUGGAUACAAUGGAAAAGGUUUUCAGUUAUGUAGGAAACAGAUACGCAGAUAGGCCUUGUCUUGGAACACGCGUUAUUCUUGCCGAGGAAGAUGAAAUCCAACCCAAUGGAAGAGUAUUUAAAAAGAUGUAUGUAAUGGGAGAAUAUAAAUGGAGAACCUUCAAAGAAGCGGAACUUCAGGCAAAGAACUUUGGCAAAGGACUUCGCUCAGUCGGACAUAAGCCUGAACAGAAUGUUGCCAUUUUUGCGGAAACCAGAGCAGAGUGGUUAAUUGCAGCACAUGGUUGUUUUAAACAAAACAUGCCAGUUGUCACCAUUUACGCUACUCUAGGGGAAGAGGCCAUCAUUCAUGCCCUUAACGAAACUGAAGUUAAAAUGGUCAUUACCACCCACGACUUACUUCCUAAAUUCAGAGCGAUUUUGGAUAAAACUCCAUUGGUAGAAACUGUAAUUUUUAUGGAAGAUCAGCUCAAACCAACCGAUACUAGUGGAUUUAAAUCAGGUGUUGAAAUUCUUCCAUUCAAGCAAGUCCUAGAUGUUGGAUCGAAAUCUGACUAUGAGUGCAAUCCUCCCACUGCCAAAGAUACAGCUAUCAUUAUGUACACCAGUGGCUCAACUGGACUUCCUAAAGGAGUUAUUCUAUCACAUGCCAAUAUGAUCAGUGUCCUGAAAGCGUUCUCGGAUGCUGUAGAUAUCGACACAGAGUCAGAUGUUUUUCUGGGUUAUCUACCUCUAGCUCAUGUUUUUGAAUUGUUAGCAGAAUCUGUAUGUAUGAUGAGCGGUGUGAUGAUAGGAUACUCUACACCUUUGACCAUGAUCGACACAUCUAGUAAAAUCAAACGAGGGACCAAAGGUGAUGCUUCUGUCCUUCAACCAACAGCUUUGACAGCAGUUCCUCUAAUUUUAGAUAGGAUAUAUAAAGGUAUCAAUGACAAGGUAUCUCAAGGAGGAGCAUUCAAAAAAGCACUGUUUAAUUUCGCUUUUGAGUACAAACGAAAAUGGACUCGCCGAGGGUUCAACACGCAUUUAGUUGAUAGGUUAGUUUUCAAACAAGUGAGGCGACUUCUAGGUGGAAGAGUCCGAUUAAUUUUAAGUGGCGGUGCGCCUUUAUCACCAGACACUCAUGAAUUGAUCAAGAUCUGUAUCUGUGAAAAAGUUAUUCAAGGCUAUGGACUUACUGAAACUUGUGCAUGUGGAACUGUUAUGGAUGGUUUUGACAUGAGCUUAGGUAGAGCAGGAGCUCCUACAACUGUCUGUGAUUUAAGACUUACUGACUGGGACGAAGGCAACUAUAGAGUCUCCGAUAAACCAUUCCCUAGAGGUGAAAUUCUCAUAGGUGGUGAAAACGUCUCUCCUGGCUACUACAAAAACCCAGGUAAAACCCAAGAGGAUUUCUUUGAAACUGAUGGAAUGAGAUGGUUCCGGACUGGAGAUAUUGGAGAAUGUCAUGCUGACGGAGUGAUUAAAAUAAUUGACCGUAAGAAGGAUUUAGUCAAAUUACAGGCUGGUGAAUACGUAUCACUGGGUAAAGUGGAGACAGAGCUGAAGACCUCUCCUUUAGUAGAUAAUAUCUGUGUCUAUGGUGAAUCAAUAAAAGAUCACGUUGUAGCUCUAGUAGUCCCCAACCCGGUUCAUCUCCAGGCACUAGCAGUAAAAUUAGGCAUUCACAACAAGACCCUGGAGGAACUGUGUGAAGAUACCACCGUUGAAAAAGCUGUCCUCAAAGAACUCAUCGCGCACGGCCAGAAAAGUAAAUUAGAGAAAUUUGAAAUUCCAACCGCAAUCAAAAUGGUCCCUGAAGCAUGGACUCCUGACAUGGGCCUUGUAACCGCAGCAUUUAAACUGAAACGCAAGGACAUUCAACUGAAAUAUCAAAAGGAACUAAACCGUCUGUAUGCAUCUUGAUCUAUGAAUUAGAAUAAUUCAAGCUUGUUGACUAAUGAUAGUCGUUUUUGUAAGUGUUAUUGUCUCUCUCUCUCUUUCUAAAUGUAGCUCUUGAACCUCUAAUCCAGUCUCCUCUCAUACUGAAGGUUUUUGUGCAACAUUUGAUUGUUUCCUGUUUUCUUAAAAAAAUUAUUGUUUAGUUUUUAUUUUUCUGUUUUGUUGAAAUGCAGUCCACUCAUUCAUAAAAUAAAUUUGAUUAUUAUCAACUCAAUAAUUUAUUUAUUUAUGUAUUUAUUAUGUAACUAUUGUAUCCAUAAUUAGUCUUGUUAUUUCUUGAUUUCUUCGGUUUUCUGUACCGAGUGAAGUAAUCAAUAAGUUAAUAGUUGAAACAAAACAAUAAAGUAGCAAGUUACAUUAAGACUUUAAGUUCCUGAAAUUUUGAUUGUCAUUAUUUUGUUAAAUAAAAAAAAAACCUCUAAUGAAUUAAAUAGAUACUUUUUUCUGUUGUACUGCAUUUGAAAGCCCAGAUUUUUAAACCUUUUGAAGAGCAUAAUUUUAAUUUAGAUGGAAUGCCAGUGUGACUACCUAGUAUAUCACCACCAUUUUUUUUCUCUUUCAAAGUAGGCAUAGAAAUGUCAAUCUUUGAUGCCUAUCUUUAGGUAAAUUUUAGCUUAAUUUAAAAAAAAAAUUCCCAAAAAUUCUUUUUAUAUUCUCCUCAAGGUUCCCACUCUGGAUCGAAGGAAAAAUUAGCAACUGCACCAAUUUUGUAAAUAUUAUGGAUUGGUUGCUCUUGCCUCAAAUUUGUAAAUAAUGGGAUAUCAACGAAGCUUUGCAGCUUUUUAAAAUUUAAUCUUGUUGACUUUUGUAUACAUAAGAAUACUAGUAUCACUAAUUUUCCCAUUAUCCCUGAAAAGUCCAUGGAUGGUAUGCUCAAUUUUUAUUUUAGUUGUAUAGGCGUUAAUUAAUUUUAUGAUCAACUUAGGUGGUUUUCAUUAAUAUUUGGGAGUGCUUCUUAUCAUUGAUUAUAACUGAAAAAUCUGAGUAACUUAGGAACAUGUAAGAAGGUAAAAAAAAAUCCACGGUGUCGGAAAGAAUUCUUCAUUUCAUAACGCGUUGAAAUUUACUGAAGAUACCAUUGUAUCGUGUAGUGUUGCAUCUUGUUCUCCACAAUUAUAGAAAAAAUAGUUUGAGCUCCUUGAACUAUCUUCUCAGUAAAGUUGCCAGUUUGUGCAAUAAAAUCGAGAUAUUAUACAUUGAGUUCCUGGGGAAUGUGCUGAUUUUCCAGCAUUAUGUGGCAAGUAUGUUUCUCAGUUUAAUUUUGCAAGGCUUUUUAAAAUGUGUGGAAAUACAGCCGUAUAAAUUUUUCCUCUACUCCCUUUAUUUUAUUGUGGAAACCUUUAUUGAGCUCCCUGUACAACAAUUAUACUAGUCUUUCUCUUUUUUUCAAUCUUCUGUUCUAUUCUGUUUUUUUAUUUUAUUUUUUUCUUUCAUGCCUCCUUUUUCAUCCUGUUUCUUUAUGGUUUUAAAUAAAAAUCUGGUUUCUCUAUUUAUUAGUUUUAUCAUAAAUUGGUAAUUUUUAAGCUUAUUCCCUUUCAAAAUUGUCAAUUACAGUUACGAUCUAGUUGAUGUUUAUCGCACUGCAUUUUCCACUGAUUAUUACCAUAUAUCUCCCAUGUUCAAUCCGAACAUGGGUAAUGGUCCUGUCACUUGAAACUAGAUUAUAGUCUAUCAGUAGAACAGAAAACAUGAACAGGCCAUGCAGCAAGAAUAGGAUCAAUACAUAAAUCCAUACAAAUAGUGGUAAGAAAGGAUGAAGUAAAAAGGUCCAGUACCUUUCAUUCUUGAGGAAAGAUGUUGAUAUUACAAUUUAGCUACUGAGUCAACAUCCCUAUAAAACAGUGAUAUUCAUUAUAAAGAGGGUAAAAACCUGUUAAGAGCUGAUUUUUUCCUUUAGACUAAGUUGUUUGGAGCACCAUCAGUAAGGCAACCAUCAUCAGCACAGAGCAGCCUUCUAAUUAUCUGGUUCAAAGCUUGUAGAGAUCUUCGAAAACACUGAAAUGCGUCUGCAGUUGCUCUCCUGAUGCUCGUUACCAAUGUUGCUCCGAACUGUCUAACUCUAUAAAGGCAAAUUUGUUCUGAAUGAGUUUCUUCUAUUUUUAAUGAGUAUUUCUGUUUACAGAAACGAGCAUCAAUGGCUAUGAAGAAAUUUCAACUUUCUUUAAUCUCCUCUCUAAUUUGAUAGGUGCUUUAUACCCUCUAGUUCAUUCUCAUUCAUUAAUAUGAUGACCUGAUUGCAAGUCAUCCAGUUACCCGGUCUCAGUUGGAAAAAAGUUAGAAGGUCAAUUAAAUUAAUAAAAAACAAGAACAAAAGCAAAA